AUGACUGUCUAUGCCUUCUAUAUCUUCGACCGCCAUGGUAUUUUCCUAUCCUCCUUCCUGUCCGUCUGUCCGUCUGUCUCGCUAACCUCUGCGCGACUAGCUGAAUGCAUCUACAAACGCCGCUGGCUUAGCCGUCCUACAUCGGACACCCAGAACCUGAACCCUGCCGAGACGGCUCGCAGGGCCGAUGACGAUGCGAAGCUGGUGUUUGGAACAGUGUUUUCGCUGCGGAAUAUGGUGCGCAAGCUGGGCGGCGAGGAUGAUAGUUUCAUCUCCUACCGCACGACGCAGUACAAAUUGCAUUUCUACGAAUCGCCCACAAGCAUCAAGUUUGUCAUGCUUACGGACGACAAGGCCCCGAGCAUGCGCAUAGCGUUGCAGCAGAUCUACGUCAAUCUCUUUGUCGAGUACGUCGUUAAAAAUCCGCUGUCUCCGGUGGAACAUCCCGGUGGACUAGGGGUCAACAAUGAGCUUUUUGAGGAGUCUCUGGAACAGUUUGUGGUAUGUCCAUCUAUCGAACGGACACGGGUGCUUUCUUAA